AUGAUCGGGAAGACGAUUCUCUUCGUUUCUGCUCUUGUGCUCCUUUCGGAAUGCGCUCCGAAGGUUGAUGAGUGUUCAAUAAGCGACAAUCUCAUUGCUCUGGAAUGCAAACCGAAGGCUGAUAAGUUGAGAGCGAAUUUGAAGAAGGCGGAAGAAGGAAAUAAUUUGAUCAAUUUGGAAUUCAUGAAGAACCUUCAGAAUAGCUGCGAAGAAACCUUUAAAUGCAUGAAACCUGCCAAAUGCGAGAAAAUUAUUCAAUCAAUGAGCGGAUUAGAGAAGAAUUGCGAGAAAAUGAAAGAAAUGGCAACUCCAAUUGGACAGUGCCUUCUUAAGAACCCCCCAGAGUUUGCCCCAUCCUCCGUUUGCAACGGAUUCUUCAAAGUUGAUAAAAUGAAAAUGGAGGCUGAUAAACGGUGCAAAUACAUGAGGGAGAAUAAGGAAUGCGUGUUCAAAUGGUUCGAGGAAAAGUGCGGAAAGGAGAUCAGAAAGGACCUCGAGGAUAAGAACUCGGCGAUUGGAAAAGCGUACAACUGUUAA